CCGGCGCAUGCGCCCUCCAGCGCUCUCCUGCGCACGUCGCCGAGGAGGGGAUCGUCGCGUUGCACGAGUCGUGUGGACCCCGGAAAGCCCCGGCUGCACUCGUGCAAAAUGUCGAACGCAAAAGAAAGAAAGCAUGCCAAGAAAAUGAGAAACCAGCCCACCAAUGUGACCCUAUCCUCGGGCUUCGGGGCAGAGAGAGGCCGGAAGCUCCAUAAUGGAGGGGGAAAGCCCUUUUGUCCGCAGAAAACAGAGCCUUCCGGACCCUCGAGACAGCGGCCUGGUAGGGGUGAGCCGGACGCCAGGGAGCAGUCCUCGUCCACCGUCCUGUUCAAGAAGAAAGGGGGCUGGAAGGCGGGGCCUGAGGGCACGUCUCAGGACAUCCCCAAGUAUCUGACGGCGGCCACGUUCGCACAGGCCCGGGCGGCCGAGAUCAGCGCCAUGCUGAAGGCCGUGGGCCAGCGCUCAUCUAACGCGCUGGUGUUCCAGACGCUGCCGCGGCACAUGAGGCGCCGAGCCAUGAGCCACGACGUCAAACGCCUGCCCCGGCGGCUGCAGGAGAUGGCCCAGAAGGAGGCGGAGAAGGCUGAGCACCAGAAGAAGGAGCACUCCAAGAGCAAGUGCCACCGCGCCCGGCGCUGCCACGCCGACAGGGUGCUGGAGUUCAACCGGCGGCAGCGGAAGAACCGGUGGCUGGAGACGCAUAUCUGGCACGCCAAGCGGUUCCACAUGGUCAAGCGCUGGGGGUACUGCCUGGGCCACCGGCCCACUGCCAAGAGCCACCGCGCCUGCUACCGGGCCAUGAGCAGCCGCUGCCUCCUGCAGGACCUGUCCUACUAUUGCUGCCUGGAGCUGCGGGGCGGGGAGGGGCCCAUCCUGCAGGCGCUGGCGCCCCUGUGCAGCGCGGACACGGGCUUGACGUUCGCGGCCGUCCAGUGCUUGUCUGGGAAACGCCAGGGCAGUCUCACGCUGUACCGGGCAGACGGGUACCCCCGGGCAGCGCUGGGACCCGUCACCUUCAUCUGGAAGCCCGCGAGCUGCCCCGGGGACGGAGCCGAGACCAGGCAGCUGUGGAUCUGGCUGCAUCCUGCUCUGAAGCAGGACAUCCUAGAGGCCAUCCAGGCCGCGUGCCAGUGCACGGAGCCGGCCGGCGCCCCCGACCCCCUCCCGACGCCAGCCCCCGGCGCACAGCCCACGGAAUCGCCCGUCGAGCAGCCUGGCCGGAAGAGGAGGCGGGGGCACGGUGGGGAAGGUGCCAGAGCAGCCAAGAAGGUCUGCGGCGACGCGACUCAGCCACACCAGCCCCGGGCCUGGUUCUCCCUGGCCACUGGCAUCACCGUCAGUGACCUGACAAUGGAGUUCAACAGAUUCCGCCUCAUCGGUCCCCUGUCCCACUGCAUCCUGACGGAGGCCCUGAGGGCGGCGCCUGUCCACACCGGGGCCGAGGAGGAGACGCCGCACGGCUGGUGGGCCAACGCCUGCCGCAGCCCGGCCCACGUGGACCUGCACCGCAGACAGGAAGCCACGUUCCGGCUGCUGGCAGGCGUAUCGUCCCCGGCAGAGCUCCCCUCAGGUACAGUGCUGGGACUGACGGUGGGGGACCCGCGCGUCAACCUGCCUCAGACGCGGGCCAGAGUGUUGCCCAGCCCGGAGAACUGUCCAGACCAGGACGAGGUCAAACGGCUGCUUCUGGAGGGUGUGCCCGCCGAGUGCGCCCACAGCUUGCUCUGGGACCCGGAUGUAUGUAGGAGCGUCACUGAGAAGAAACUCUCCGAGCAGGAGCUGAACCGGAGGAGGAGCGAGCUGCUGGUGCCGGGGUCGCAGCUGGUGCUGGGGCCGCAGGAGUCCAAGAUCCCCGUGCUCCUGGUGCAGCAGCCCGGGAAGGUGGCUGGUGACGACUGUCUCGGCUGGGGCAGCGGCUGGGACGUGCUGCUCCCCAAGGGCUGGGGCAUGGCCUUCUGGAUCCCCUUUAUCUACCGCGGCGCCAGAGUCGGAGGCCUGAAGGAGACGCUGGUGCAUUCUCAGUACACCAGGUCGCCGAGCGUGCCUGGCGACUGUCCCGACGCCCCCGCCGGGGCCCGCUUUGCUGAGGAGCGAGCGAAGGAGCUUCUGGAAAAGUACAGAAGACGGCCCCCUGCCAAGCGGCCCAACUACGUGAAGCUGGGCACGCUGGCGCCCUUCCGGUGCCCCUGGGAGCAGCUGACCCAGGAGUGGGCGGUCCGCGCCGAGGCGGGAGUGGCCUCCGGGCCCCAGGGGUCAGGCCAGGAGGCCGGUGACAGGGCCCCAGAGAGUCCGGGCCAGGCGGGCGCUGGUGGCAUCUGUGUCCUUAGGAGCAGGCGCGGCCUGAAGCAGCUGUCGGCCUGGUGCGGGCCCGGAGGAGCGCGAGGGCCGGAGAUGAGCGCCGAGGCCCGUGGGUCCCUGUGUGGCCGCUUCCCGCGGGCCCUGGUGUGGGUCAGCCUCUUCCCGCUGCACCGGGGCAGCCCGGAGCCGCACACCCUCAUCUGCAUCCCGGCCGCCGCCGACCUGCAGCGGCUGCGGGGGGAUCGUGGCUACGGGGGGCCCCACGAGCCCAAGCACAGCGACCCCUUCAAGAGCCGCGUCCGCAGGGAGAAGGGCGAGAAGAGGAGGGGGGCGCCGCCGGCCCCCACGCCGGUCCCCACGCAAGGGCUGUGGCCCAGCCCGCUGCCGCCCCUCACGGCCCACGGCGCCCGCACGCUCCUCGGCUUCGUCACGCAGGGAGACUUCUCCAUGGCUGUGGGCCGCGGUGAGGCCCUGGGCUUCGUCAGCGUGACAGGCCUGCUGGACAUGCUGGCCGGCCAGCCGGCCGCCCAGCGGGGCCUGGUGCUGCUGCGGCCCCCCGCCUCCCCGCAGUACCGGUUCGCCAGGAUCGCCAUCGAGGUGUGAGGCCAGCGGAGAGCCGGGCCCUGUACCCCCUCCCUCCCCCCAACCCUCUUCCAGUGACCUCUGGGGCCUGUGGAUGAAGUGUCCACUGCGUUGCAGCCCCCGCCUGGCUCCUCUGGCCUCCCCGGCCUGCAGAGCGUCAUUGGGCGGAUGUGACCCCCAACCCCGUGCUCCCCUGGGACCGUGUCUCGUCCCCUUCUUAGCAUCAGAACAGAGUUGUCGAGUGUCUGGAGAAAGGACCUCUGCUGCCUGCUGGGCCGGGUGGGUGGCCAGAGGGUGUCUGAGUGUGGACGGCCCUGGGCCCUGCCUCCCCCGGGCUGGCAUUAGAACCGGGUCAGAGUUUUCUGAAUUUUUCCGCACCUGCUUCCUUUUGGUUGCUGGCCAGCACGUGACCCCGCGGAAUGCCCUGAGAGGUCUCUGCGGCGGUGGCGCUGCAGGGCGCCCCACGCGUCUCACGUGCCGGGAAGCGUGUCACCGAGGGGAGAAAAGAAGGACGAUGCCCGCGUCGGGUUGAUUUAGGAAGCAGCCGGGUUACAGGAAGCCAAGCGUUUUCUCUCUAGAACCUUCCGUGUGCUGAUGCGAGUUGCCAGGCAGUGGAGGGCGUCCGCUUAUGUCUUCUCCAUCGUUCUGACCCCCGAGGUCCAGGCCACAGCUCAGUGAUGAUGAAAAUGACCAAAUGCUGCUUUUGUUUGUUUGGGGACUGGGGGUGGGGUGGGUCCCAGUCUGAUUGCCAGCUCGGUGCUGGGGCCUCCUAGGGGGCGCCAGUGCAUGGCAGUUUUGUCAGAAUUUUCUGGGUCAUUAAUUUGUUGUUCUGCAUGUCUUGUUUUUCUUUUCACCCACUCUUCUUGCCAAAUUUGGGUGGGAUGUGUUUGUUUCCCCCUUUUUAAUGUCCAUGUCUUGGUGUUUGGGAAAUGCACUGGUUCUCUGCAGGAGGGCUGGGAGUGAUGACUUGGGUGGGACGGGGCAAGUAUUAUCCUGGGCACUGGGCGUGGCCGGCUGGGCCGCCUCCUGUGCCAGUGCCUUCUGCCCAGCCCAGCGGGGACGGGGGUGGGG